AGGUGGUUUCUUCCCUGCAUCGGGCUGACACACAGCAGAGAGCCGCACAGGUAGCUAGCAGCAGUGCCGUAGUCUCCCGCUAGUCUACCUAGCAACACUUCCCAUUACCCAGCUUUAGUGUGUGUGGAGCCUCGGUGAAUCCAGCUCACAUCCUCAUAUUCUGCUCAGGUCACCUUUAGCGCGCGCCUACCGGCAUUUUCUCCUGUCUCCGAAGAUGAUACCUGGCAAACGAAGAGCUGCAGUCAUGUCCUUCUCGCUGGCGAUUAUCGGAGCCCUGCUGCUGCAGACCGUGUCUUCUCAGAAUGAGCCGUCGAUCGCCUCCUCUGAUCACACCUCACUUCCUGUGGAAGGUGACUCUUACCUGCUGCAGUGUAACCUGACCAGCGCUCACAGCGUCCACCAGGAGAGCUACUGGAUGAAGAACGGGGAGGAGAUCGCAGAAACACGCAGCCCCAAUAGGAACACUGAAUAUUUCCUGAAGAAGCCGAGAGGAGACGCCGCAGGAGUGUACAUGUGUGUCUACACCUUCGAGACGGCUCCUCCAGCAAACGCCACCAUAGAAGUAAAAUCUGCUCCUGACAUUAUAGGCCACAAGCGUAGUGAGAAUAAGAACGAGGGCCAGGUCGCUGUGCUCUACUGUAAGUCUACCGGAUAUCCUUAUCCUAUCUGGAACUGGCGCAAAUUCGACAAUGGCUUUCCCAGGGAAAUUGACAACUCAAGCGGGCGCUUCACCAUCAGCAGCAGAGACAACUACACCGAGCUCCACAUCGCCAACCUGGACAUUAACUUGGAUCCGGGCGAGUAUCACUGCAACGCCACCAACAUGCUGGGCACCCGCGACGAGAAGAUCGUGCUGAGGGUCCGCAGCAACCUGGCCCCCUUAUGGCCUCUCCUGGGGGUUUUGGCCGAGAUCAUCAUCCUGAUCGUCAUCAUCGUCGUUUAUGAGAAGCGCAAGAAGCCCGAUGAUUUACAAGACGAUGAUGACCAUGCAGGUCCAGUGAAAACGAAUUCGACCAACAACCACAAAGACAAGAAUCUCCGCCAGAGGAAUACAAACUGAGCAGCCUGUCUGCUGAGUUUCAUUUCACAAAUGUAUUGACCAUAUGAAAGUAAACAAGAAGGGUAUCCAUACCAGUUGUUAAUAAGAUGUAUCUGCCAUUACAAGUAUGGAGAGUUCAAUGAGGCAUGCCUUAUGAUUUUAUUGUGUGAGGAUGCGAAAAUUGAAUUAUUAACAAUAUAACCAUUGUUGCUGCAUGCAGUUGUUGACGUUUAUGAUUUGUUUCCCCCUCCUAUCCACUAAUUUUACAUUUUUAAUACUUCUAAAAUAAUGCAUGCAAGAUGUUGACCUUCUGUUUGAUACAGAAAUGGCUUUUUUUUUUGCUCUUUUCUCUGAGAGUGGCUUCAUUUAGAUGAUCUGUACUGUGUGUUGUAGAGGAAAACAAAACUUGACAAUGUAAAAGAAAAUGCCACCAUAUUCUGGUAUGACAGUUGUGUACAGUUUUAUCAUUCCACUGCAUACCGUUUUACCUGAAGAUAUCUAUUGCAUUUUAAGGGCUUUGCAAUGUCCCUCUAAAUGUUAUUAAGAGUUACUUUACUGUACUGUAUGUAUUAAAUCACUAUAACUAUGUAUCAAAAUACCAUUUAAUAUAUAAAGACUAUUCAUAUGAUAUGAUGCACUUAAAUGUUGAGGAUAAUGAAAAACUGUAUAAACAACCUUUAGGAAAUCUGUACUAAUCAUCCUAACAUUGUUUUAUAAUUAUGUGUAUUGUACAGCAUGGCUAUUAUCCUAUGCAAUUAUUAUCCAUAUCAAUACCUAUUGAAAAAUCAUUGCAGCUUUUGAUUUCUCUGUGACAAAGCUUUAAACUAGUAGGAUCACCUUAGAGCGCUGAAGGCAAACCGCACAGCAGCAUGAAUACUUUACAGCUGACGUGGGAGGAGGCGGAGAAAGAAACAUGCGUCAGCACCGACACGUGAAAAAUCCCAAGGUCCCCAACUCAUUUUUAAGAAUAAAUAUCUCAAAAAACAAA